UGCCCUGGCUUCCCGAAAGUGCGCUUUUGUUUUCGUCCAAGCUGGUUGAACCUCUUCAGCCUCCGUAGGCAGUGGGUCUAAAGUACCGAUCAAGAUGGAAGUGAAUCCCCCCAAACAGGAGCACCUGCUGGCCCUGAAAGUGAUGCGGUUGACUAAGCCUACUUUGUUCACCAAUAUUCCAGUGACAUGUGAAGAGAAAGACCUACCUGGAGACCUCUUUAACCAACUCAUGAGAGAUGAUCCUUCAACUGUAAAUGGUGCAGAAAUUUUAAUGUUGGGAGAAAUGUUGACUUUACCACAGAAUUUUGGGAAUAUAUUUUUGGGAGAGACCUUUUCCAGUUAUAUCAGCGUUCAUAAUGAUAGCAAUCAAGUUGUAAAAGAUAUAUUGGUUAAAGCUGAUCUUCAGACAAGUUCUCAGCGUUUAAAUCUUUCAGCCUCCAAUGCUGCAGUGGGUGAACUUAAACCCGAUUGUUGUAUUGAUGAUGUCAUACACCAUGAAGUAAAGGAGAUUGGAACACACAUCUUGGUGUGUGCAGUGAGUUACACAACUCAGGGUGGAGAAAAAAUGUAUUUUAGAAAAUUCUUCAAAUUUCAGGUUCUCAAACCUUUGGAUGUGAAAACCAAAUUUUACAGCGCAGAAAGUGACCUCAGUUCUGUGACUGAUGAAGUAUUUCUUGAAGCCCAGAUUCAGAAUAUUACAACCUCACCCAUGUUUAUGGAGAAAGUUUCAUUGGAGCCAUCUAUAAUGUACAAUGUAGCAGAAUUAAAUUCAGUCAACCAAGCUGGAGAAUGUGUAACUACAUUUGGGUCAAGAACAUAUUUGCAGCCAAUGGAUACACGCCAGUACUUGUACUGCCUAAAACCCAAGAAGGAGUUUGCAGAAAAAGCAGGCAUCAUUAAGGGAGUAACAGUAAUUGGAAAAUUGGAUAUAGUAUGGAAAACAAAUCUAGGUGAAAGGGGAAGAUUACAGACCAGCCAGCUUCAAAGAAUGGCUCCAGGUUAUGGAGAUGUUAGGUUGUCUUUGGAGGCAAUCCCAGAUACCGUAAACCUAGAAGAACCUUUUCAUAUUACUUGUAAAAUAACAAACUGCAGCAGUGAAAGGACGAUGGAUCUCGUUUUGGAAAUGUGCAAUACCAAUUCUAUCCACUGGUGUGGCAUUUCAGGAAGACAGCUUGGGAAGCUCCAUCCAAGUGCCUCUCUCUGCCUUGCCCUCACUCUACUGUCUUCAGUACAGGGACUGCAAAGUGUCUCCGGCUUAAGACUAACAGACACAUUUUUAAAGAGAACGUAUGAAUAUGAUGACAUUGCACAAGUCUGUGUGGUAUCUUCGGCCAUUAAAGUGGAAAGCUGAAGAAAAUUUCCAAUGUUAUGCUUUUCAUUGAGUUUCCCAGAACUUUCUGUAUUUUUGUCACCUUUGUAAAAUGAUCAAGUCGACAGUAAAAAUAAGUAUAUAUUAUUUAAAUUUCUUUCCUGUAAAACAGUUAAAAUAUUAAAUAUUUGUUUUGAAAAGAA